CUCUUUUUUCCUUUUUUCUGAUUAUCUCCGAUUCUGUUGCGAUUCAACCUCAUAUCUAACACUCACACUCAUACUCACACUCACUGGUGUCCAUUGUCCCUCUCCGCAAGCACAUAACCAUCAAAGGCAAGACUCCUCUUCCUGCCCCCCCACUCUUCUUGUCGCCCCGUCUUGGCGACUUUGUGCGUGGGUCUGCCCCUUGACUUUUCUUUAAUUUCCUGCAUUACGGACAAACGACAGAAACAAAGACCAGCAGGGAACAGCAAUAGCAGCAACAACACCAACAACACUUGCACCUGUGCUCAGCUUACUCCCCUUCCCUUUGAUUCAAGCAGGCAAACCUGCUUAUUUCUUCCCAGCAGGAGCCACAUAAGCAUAAUAAUCACACCAAUGACAGUAUUCACCUUUGAAAGAGAAGUGGAAAGUGAUUGCCUUUGGGGACGAUGGGGAAUGUGAAUCAGCAAUAAACAGCACAACACUAUUGCCCCAAAAGAAAGUGCCAUUGCGAAUGGAAUCACACACAAAGGAAACUAACGCUGUCUCUACCAUUUCUUCUUCAUUCCCUUUUUUUUUUUUUGUUU